UUGCUGCCUGUAUUGACUCUCACGACACUCUUGCCCAGUACCUACGGCACGCACAUACUAGUACAUGUCUUAUCCACAGUGAUUCCCUGACUCCGCCUUGCUUCAGAGCUUCCUUGACCUCGGAAUGGGUCUGGUCUCGGCCUUCGAUCUACGUAUGGGGUUCGAAGCCACCGCACUGAUUGAUGAAAGCGGUCAAUCUGCGCUUGGUUGGCAAUUUGGUUUCCGUUGCCACUACACUACCCGUCACUAGUACCAGGAUUGCUACUAUGUGGUUGGGUUUGAGUUUCGGAUUUGCAAGAGAUCAGUAGCCCACAGUAAACUAUAUCCCCAGGCAGACUUGCGGCGGAUCGGAAGAUGGCAGGACACAUCACAGACAUCUAUACAGUAUCACACGGAUGGUGCGAAUAUGGCUUCAUGUCUUUCUGGAGGCUGUGGGUGUUGUUGCCACUCUUACCACGCCCCACGAUUGUGUAUGCCUUGUCCGACAGUGUAGUGCAGACUAGAGCAAACAGAGAGUUACAGAUAUCUUACUGGUCAACCGACAAAGAUCAACUGAAUCAAACGCUGAACCAAACUCAACAAACCAGUCUUGUCGAGGAAUCGUGUCAACUGGUAAUCAUCUUCACUUGCUACCCCUACGUCCACCUUCCCUUUAUAGUGAAGUGAUAUUACCUACCAGUCACUUCCACGGCCGGGAACAGUCAUACUUAUCAGGCUUCCCAUUUCAACCGGGAAUUCUGAAAUGGAAGAUCCAGUCGUGAUCUCAUCUUCAUCCUUCCACUCUCACUCUUCAUCGACCAGCACCUCAUCCUCAUUUCGAGCUCGCCAGUCCACCAUGGACAUGUUGCGUCGGUUCGGCACGAAGCGAUCAAAAGCUGGGUCAGCAGCAACGUCGACUUCGUCUGCCAGUAAUUCAACCUCAAAGUCCACAUCAUCAACGGCUCGGUCACCGGGCCCCUUCAUGCCCGCAACAUCUACCACUCCUACCCGACGACCACCGCCAUCUAAUGAUCCAACACAAGCGCCGCCACCGCCAUAUUCCGCCGCUCCAUACAGUCCAGCCGACCUGGCGUCGCCAAUGCAAGUCGCCGACGAUUCGCCGUACGCAUUCCUGCGCGAAUUCGACACCAUUUUUCUCAUCGACGACAGCGGCAGCAUGGCUGGCCGAAGUUGGCGCGAAACAGCCGCGGCGUUAAGCGCGAUCGCGCCGAUCUGCACAUCGCACGACGCCGAUGGGAUCGACAUAUACUUUUUGAACCAUCGGAAUCCUGUCUCAGGGAGUACUUUGGGCGGGUACACGAACGUCACGACCACGGCGGCCGUGGAGGCCUUGUUUCGAACCGUGAGGCCGCUAGGUGGCACGCCGACGGGAACACGGCUGAAUCACUUGCUCAAGCCGUACUUGGCUCAACUAGAGGAUUCGUUGAGAGGUGGUCGUGGCAAUAUUGCACAGGUGACGACGGUCAAACCACUCAACAUCAUUGUCAUUACCGACGGCGUGCCCAGCGACGACGUCGAGUCCGUCAUUGUCAGUGCAGCGAGGAAAUUGGAUGCCAUGGGCGCCGAGCCCUGGCAGGUCGGCGUGCAGUUUUUCCAGGUCGGCAGUGAGCCUGAGGCUGCGGAGAACCUGAGGGAGUUGGACGAUGCGCUUUCGGGCGAAUAUCAUAUUCGUGAUAUGGUGGAUACGGUUCCUUUUACGGGAGAGCACGGCCAGGGCCAGCAACUUACGGCGCAAGGGCUGCUCAAGGUCUGUUUGGGCUCGGUUGUUAGGAGACAUGAUAGACGGGCAGCAUAGGUUAUUUGUGUCUGGUUGAUGCCCUGGGCUUUCCAUGUUUCGGGGAAGGGAACUAUUCCAUCCAUGAUAUCGAGUCUGAAUUGAAAUGGAGUAAUGACUGAUGAACAUUCAUGAAAGCAACUUCUCAAACGGUUGUCGCUUACCCAUGUUCAAUAAUGAUGUACCUGGUCUUUUAUUCGGGUAUGGCGUUGGCAGAAGGAGUCCAGACCCUCGCGCUCUUACACGUCGUACUACUAGUAGUACCCGAAGUACUGCACCCCUGCAGUAACUGCAGUGUCGG